AUGGGUGACGGUGGUGUCCUGCUCACCGCACUUGUCCUGCUGCUGGCCGCCGUGGCUGUCUGCUGGGCCAUCGGCCACUGGCAACCACGGCGGCGGCACACACGGACAGCAGCGACGAGGAGCAAGCGCUCCCGCGUCCGGCCCAGAGGCUCUCGGAGGAAGCGAGGAGCCCCCGCGGCUCCCAGCCCCACGCGCGGCGCCUGCAGCUGCCGCCGCUGCACGGCAGUGGCCCGCGAGCUGCAGGAACUGAUGCUGCUGCUCUGGGCUGGCACUGGGACACGUGUGCCGCUCUACGCGGGGAUGUGGCAGGCGCUGUGGGAAGGACUGGAGGAGCUGGGGAAGCGAGGCCACCUGCCCUGCUGCGGCUCCUUCAGAUCCUCCACAAGCCUCCGUCCCCGCAAGAGGCUGCUCCCAGCAAGACUCUCCAUCCCUGGGAGCGCCUCAACCCCUGCAAGGAUGGCACAGCAGCGGAGACCCGCCAUCCACGCAGGAGGUGCAGGCUGUCAGAGACCCUCCAUCCUGCCAGGAGCCUCUGCUAUCUCUGACAGCCUCCAUCCCUCACAGAGGCUCAGUGAGACCUGUCGGCCUGCAGAAGGUGCAGAGCCCAUGCACAGGUCUCCCAGCUCCCUUGGGCUCACGGACUUCAAGGGCACAACCCCGAGCCUUGACGUGGCCAGGGAAAGCCCUGAAGUCCAGAUGGGAGCCCAGCCCGAGGCAGGGGAGCUCCAAGAGACCUGUCGGCCUGCAGAAGGUGCAGAGCCCAUGCACAGGUCUCCCAGCUCCCUUGGGCUCACGGACUUCAAGGGCACAACCCCGAGCCUUGACGUGGCCAGGGAAAGCCCUGAAGUCCAGAUGGGAGCCCAGCCCGAGGCAAGGGAGCUUUCCCAGGAGCAGCUGGCGGAGCAGCCAGCGUCCUGGCACCAGCAGGUGUCAUCCCGCAGGUCCCAGGACGCUGUGUUGGCUGUGCCAGCUGGCAACAACCCCAGCCUGGUGGUGGAGCCGAUCCUUGAGACACCAAGGAGUCUCCUCCAUCCCCAGGAAGCUGCCGCACCACGGCUCUCGACUACCUCGAAGGCCUUCGUAAGAGCAGCUGCUCCUGGGACGCCCCCGGGCGAAGCCUCGGGCUGUAGCCCCGGCCGGCCACAAGAGCUGAGCGCGGCCCACGACGCCGGGGAUAGAGACGGGCGAAAGAAGGAGCUGCAGGAGCUCUACCAGCUGGGCCCGCAGCUGGGCAGCGGCGGCUUCGGCACCGUUUUCUCGGGCAUCCGCCUCUCGGACGGGAGGCCGGUGGCCGUCAAACGCGUGGCCCGGGAGAGCGUCCUGCAGUGGGUCGAGCUGGUGAGAAGGCUGCCCGAGGGGCCACGGGGGCAUGCCAGGCAGGGCCCGGCGCAGCCACAGGGCAGCGUCAGGCCCGCUGUAGGCGCUGUCUCCUCCUCACAGCCCGACGGCACCUGCGUUCCGAUGGAGAUCGCGCUCAUGGAGAAGGUGGGCUCCGGCUGCCGCUUCAUCAUCCAGCUGCUGGACUGGUUUGAGCUGCCUGACAGCUUCGCGCUGGUGAUGGAGCGUCCGGAGCGGUCGCGGGAUCUCCUGCAGCUCCUGCGGGAGCACGGGUUCCUGAGCGAGGACAAGGCGCGCUGGCUCUUCUGCCAGGUGCUGUGCGCCGUGCAGCACUGCACCGCCUGCGGCGUCCUGCACCGGGACAUCAAGCUGGAGAACCUCCUCGUGGACCCGGCAUGCGGAGAUCUGAAGCUGAUUGACUUCGGCUGCGGCACCUUCCUCCAGGAGCGAGCCUUCACGCGAUUUGCCGGUGAGCCGAGAGCCCCAGCCCGGGCCCUGCUCCCGGUGCCGGGCACUGCACGGCCCCGUUCCCUCCUCGGCCGUGGCCGUGGGGGGCGGCGUUCAGCCGGCUGCCGCCAGCCCUGUGGCACGGGGCGGAGCCGUGUCCCAGGAGCCGGCUGCCGGCCCUGCCCACACGGGGCGGGGGCCGCCAAAGCCGGGCCCCGGCCGCUCGGCUCGGCAGCCCUGCGAGGGCUGGGGCUGCCCCGUCGGCCUUGUCUGCCUUGCAGAAGGGGUUCUUGGCUUGGGCCGGAGGGCGCGGAGUGGCCUCGGGGGUGGGGGGAGGUUGUGGCCGGCAGUGCAGCCCCUGCCUCUGGCAGGAGGCUGGCGCCAGGCUCUGGAAGGCAGCAGCCUGCGGCUGGACAGCGCUGCCUGUGUCCCCUAGGAACACAGGCGUACAGCCCGCCCGAGUUGGUCGCCAUGGGCUGCUACCGCGGCGAUUCGGCCACCGUGUGGUCCCUGGGCGUGCUGCUGUACGCAAUGGUGUGCGGGAGCCUCCCCUUCGAGGACAACCGCGCCAUCGUGCUGGGGCAGCUCUUCUUCGGGCCGCAGGUCUCUCCAGGUUGGUACCCGGCCUCAAGCGGGCGGCUUUGGCAGACGGCAGCGCGCAGCCCGGCGCGGCCCUCCCGCAGCUCCGCGGCCCCUGCCCUCAAGGGCCGGCCGCAGGCAGGAGGCGGCCCGUGCCGCCGGGCUCCGUGUGGCACACGCCGCCUGAAGGAGGGGGCCGUGUCCCGCCGGGCCGCCCUCCCGCACCGGGCACCGGCGGCGCUCUGGGCCCGGCGCGGCUCUGAGCACACGCAGCACGGCCCGGGCCCCGCGGGCGUCGGGGGGCGCCGGGCACGAGCCUUCUGCAAGUGACCGCCGCUUUCUGCCUCCUCUCCGCAGAGUGCCAGCACCUCAUCUGCUGGUGUCUGUCCAAGCACCCCGCGGACAGGCCACAGCUGGAGGAGAUCUUGCGCCACCCUUGGCUGCGGGGCUGGCGGUUUUGAGGCCUUGCCAGAGCCUCUGCAGCACCCAGGUACCCGGGCCCAGGCAGGACUCAAUAAAAGAAAAAAACACCAAACCAACCACAAACCAAAAAAUAAAACAACCACCAACCCAUUCCCGGCUGUCAGGUCUGGUGCUAUUUGGGACCAUUUCCACUCCGAGCCGAGCCCCAAUGUCCCCUCAUAAUGACCGCCAGCUUGAGGGAGGAGCCGCCAUUUAAGGGAAGCCGUGAGGGGCAAGCAGUCACCCCGCAAAGAAAUGGGGGUAAUCUGGGAAAACACCCACACAUAUCAAACACCCACCAGCUCCCCGAGUGAGGAGGGACCCUGGCAACUCCCAGAGUGACGCCAGCUCCUCUGGUCACUUUUGAAACGUCACCCCCGAAGGGCACGGGAG